AUGGCCGACGCCCAGACCAAGGCAGAGAAGCUCGCGGCGGCGCGAAAGAAGGCCGAGGAGCUCAAGAAGAAGAAGGCUGCCGGCGCAAAGGCCAAGAAGGACAAGGCCCCAGCAGAGAAGAAGGAAGACGAACCAGCAGCCGCAGCCGCAGCCGAGCCCGCAGAAGACAAGCCCAAGGAGGAGGCGCAGGAGGACGAGGCACCUGCAGUCGAGCAGUCCACCCCAGCAGAAGCAGAGCCCACCACAACCGCCAGCCCCUUCGCCCCGACCGACACCGAGUCACCCCCACACACAGCCGUUGGCGCCACGCCCGAGUCCACGGCAGAGCUGGAGGCCAAGCUCCUGGAGCUGGAGAAGGAGCUGGACGCCGUCAAGGAAGCCAGGGAUGAGGCCCAGCUGACGGCGGACGCGCUGGAGAAGAAGGUGGUGUCGCUCGAGCUGCUGCACAAGGAGGACGAGUCACAGAUCAACCGGCUGCAAAAAGACCUGGCCGAGGCCAAGAACGAGAGUGUGGACCUCAAGAACCAGCUGCAAAAGGCCGAGGCCGAGGCGCUGCGGCUGAGCAAGCAGGAGAACCAGGACCGGGGCGGCACCGACAACGACCACCUGGACGAGCUGGAGGAGGAGGAGCGCAAGAGGCUGGAGGCGCGCAUCAGGCAGCUCGAGGCGGAGAACUCGGACCUCCAGCGGGGCAUCUGGCAGGAGAGGCGGCGCGAGAUGCAGCCGCCCAUGGACGACGGCACGACGGGCCAGUUCACGACCGUGCCGCUGUCGCCAUCGACGGCGCGCAAGCAGGGCGGGUUCGGGGACUUUUUCACGACGGGGCUCAACGCGCUCACGGGCGGCGGCGGCCACGAGCACGGGCAGGACGAGGACGGGUUCCUGGACGACGACGAGGACUUUGACGAGGACGCAUUCCGCAAGGCACAGGAGGAGACUGCCAAGGCGAGGAUCGAGAGGAUCAAGGAGGUCAAGAGGGGCCUGAAGAACUGGGAGGGCUGGAGGCUGGACCUCGUGGAGGGCCGCAGAGGCGGCGGCGAGGGGCUGGGGGAGAUAUUUGACAUCUGA